AUGCCUCCCUGGCAAAUCCUGCUCCCACCCACUCCUCCUGGAGCCCAGUGCUCAGUCUCCAUCCUUCGGGCCCUGUCUCCCCCCACUUGCUUCUCCCCCAAGGGGAUGCGGCUGCCCAGCCGAACCGUGCCCUCUGCUUGCCACGCCAGGGCCAGGGGCUGCUGGGGGCUCUUCAGCUUGAGCCCAUCUCGGGGCGGCUCCUGCAGCGGGCAGGCAGGGCCAGGGGCUGCGGCGGGCUCCCCGGGGGCGGGGCCUGCAGGGGCGGGGCGGGAAAGAGUAGCGGCUCCCCCCGCCCACCUCUGUCGCUGCCACGGGCGGGAGCCUCCCGGCUGGGGAGGAGCCGGGCGGGCAGGAGAGGCACGGAAGGAUGCCGGCGCCCUGCAGCCCAGCAGCCCACGGAGCGCGAGGACGCCGCGCUGCCCGCCUGCUGCUGCUGCUCCUGCUGCUGCCGCCGGCCUCUGCUCCUGCGCCGCCGCCGCCGCUGCUGCAGGUGAGCCGGGAGGGGGGAGCCCCAGCAAGCCUGGGGCUGCAGCGGCGGCGCCGCCGGGAAGGGGGCAGGCGAGGGGAGCGCCCUUGCCAACAGGACGGGGGACCUGCCUGGCAGGGGCGCGCUGCUUGUGCAGCGGGAGGCUGAGCUGCUGCGGGGCCCGCACGGAAGGCGGCAGCAAGAAGGGGGGCGGGGGGCAGCGCUUGAGGACCUCUGUGCCGCAGGAUGCCACAAGGGAUCAGCACAGGGGGACUGGAAAACAGCCAAGAGUUUUCGAUCCUGACUUCGUCCUUUGGUCUUCAGAGGCGCCACAAAAAGCGUCUGUGAAAACGGAGAAGACAGCUCUAGUGAGCCAGCCAGUCCAGAUGCCGGAGAAAUCUCCAAGGCAACGGCAGCAGACUGCCCAGUCUGAACGGUCAGGAGUUGGUGAGUCGAUUCCUGGGGAUCAGCAGCUCUCUGCUCUCUCUCUCUCUUGCUUCCUUUCCCAGGCCCCCUGGCGAUCCCAGCCUGGUCAGAACCAUUUGCAGCAGGCAGAAUCACCUGCUUGUGGGACCGAGUCCUUCAGCUAUUACAAUGGGUCUCUGUCCAUCACUGCCUCUGGCUUGGCGUGCUUGAGUUGGUCGGACUUCCCAGAUUACAUCCUGCAGUAUCCAAACCGGGGUCUGGGGAACCACAACUACUGCAGAAAUCCCGACGGUGGGAAGGCUCCUUGGUGCUUCUACCAGCUACCUUCUGGAGCAGUCGGUUGGGCUCAUUGUGACUGUAACCAGGGUGCUGUGCGACUGGCAGAGGGUGGCCGGGUGGAACUCCAUUUCCGUGGCCUGUGGGGCACUGUCUGUGCAGACGAGUGGACAGACCAGGAUGCCAGCGUGGUCUGCAGGCAACUGGGCCUCAGUGAAAUUGGCACAGCUCAGCGGGUGAGCUAUUCCGGCCUCAACUUGAUGCCCUCGCACCUGAGGUCUGCAAACUGUCGUGGGGAUGAGGAGAUGCUGUUGCAGUGUGGCUACCGAGAGAUGUCUGGACCAUGCCCCCGAGGAGUUGGGGCCACCAACUGCGUUCCUCCUCAAGGCGGAGGGAGCCCCCUUCGGCUGGUGGGGGGAAAGGAGAGCUUCGAGGGACGAGUGGAAGUCUACCACAAUGGCCGUUGGGGCACCAUCUGUGAUGACCAGUGGGAUGACCGUGAUGCCGAAGUGGUCUGCAGGCAGCUGGGCCUCAGUGGAAACCCGAAGGCUGUGUCUUGGGCUCACUUCGGGCAGGGCGCAGGUCCAAUCCUCUUGGACGAAGUGGAGUGCUCAGGGAAUGAGCUCUUCCUGGACCAGUGCAAGAAGACCAACUGGGGGGAGCACAACUGUGACCACGUGGAAGAUGCUGGGGUGACCUGCGACCCCUUUGCAGCAGAAGGCAGCCUCCGCCUGAUUGGAGGCUCUGCCCCAAACGAAGGGCGGGUGGAGAUCUACCAUGGUGGAGACUGGGGCUGUGUCUGCAAUGAUGGCUGGACAGAGGUCACUGCCCAGGUGGCUUGCAGGCAGCUGGGUUUCAGAGGCCCAGCUUGGUUGGGCGCGGAGGGGGAGUUUCCUCCCGGCCAGAGCUUCAUCUUGCUAGACGAGGUGUCCUGUGUGGGCCCCGAGCGCUCUCUCCUGGACUGCUCCCACAGCAACUGGGGUCAGCACGACUGCUCACACGAGGAGGACGUGGGAAUUCACUGCUCCCCGGAGGACAACAAGGUCACAGAGGAGGCCCCAGGACUCCCUGUGCGGCUGGUGGACGGGGAGAGCACCAAGGAAGGGCGUGUGGAGGUCUUCCUGAAUGGGCAGUGGGGCAGCGUCUGUGACGAUGGCUGGUCAGACAGAGAUGCCAUGGUGGUCUGCAGGCAGCUGGGCUACAGUGGAGCUGCAAAAGCCAAGAGCAUGGCCUAUUUUGGGGAAGGGCAUGGCCCCAUCCACUUGGACAACGUGGAGUGCAGUGGCACAGAGCGCACCUUGGGGGAAUGCAUCGUCCCGAAGAGUGGCCGUCACAACUGCUGGCACAGCGAAGACGCUGGAGUGAUCUGCAACUAUGUGGAAGGGGAGAUCCAGGCUCUCCAAAAUGCAGGUUCAGUCUUUGGCACGUGUGGCCUGCGCUUGCGUCACCACCGCCAAAAAAGGAUCAUUGGUGGAAAGAAGUCACUCAGAGGCGGCUGGCCGUGGCAGGUCUCCCUGAGGCUGAAGGGCUUUCACAGGGAUGCGCGUCUGCUGUGUGGAGCCACCCUGAUCAGCAACUGCUGGGUGGUGACGGCAGCACACUGCUUCAAAAGGUUCGGGGUCGACGUGAGGCGUUACCUGCUGCGGGUGGGGGACUACCAUACUGGUGUGAGGGAUGAGUUGGAGAGAGAGCUGCCCGUGGAGAAGAUUGUCCUCCACAGGAACUACCAGUCGAGCAGCAACGACAACGACAUUGCCCUGGUCAGGAUUCGGGGGAAAGAUGGCCGCUGCCUCUCCUUCAGCCAUCAUGUCCUUCCUAUCUGUCUGCCCAGCAGGAACGAGAAGUCGGCCGUUGACAGACAGGCCUGCAUCAUAUCUGGCUGGGGAGACACAGGGAAAUCCUACUCGAGGACCCUGCUCCAGGGCUUGGUGCCCCUGCUCCCCCAGAGAGUCUGCAAGGCCCGCUAUGGAAAGAAGUUCACAAACCGGAUGCUCUGUGCGGGGAACCUUUCUGAAGACAACCGAGUGGACAGCUGCCAGGGUGACAGUGGGGGGCCACUGAUGUGUCAAAGGUCAAGGGGACACUGGGUAAUUCUGGGGGUCACUUCCUGGGGCUAUGGGUGCGGCCAAAAAGAUUCCCCUGGGGUUUACACAAAGGUCAGCAAAUUUGUGACAUGGAUCAAGAAGGUGACCAAGCUGAAGUGA